AUGGAUUUUUGUGACUUCUUCACGAGGUCGGUGAAAUGGAUUCCGUCAGGAGGGGCGGGUCUGGUGUCUGGACGGGGAAACUUCAGACCUGGAUUCGCCGGCCGUGGCUGGUCAAGUAUUCUAGCUGAGCCGUCUUUCGGCAAGGUUCCGUUUACAAGCUUUUCUAUUAGAUACAUCCGAUAUGACAAUUCGUAUGAAAACAAUGUUCUAGGAUGA